AGGCUCCUCCUUCUAGCUCCCUCCCCUCGCUCCAGCUCUUCAGCUAAUUGUCCGGCGGCGCGCGCCCUAAAGUUCUAGGCAAAGUACUGAGAACUGGUCGCGGGAUCGCACGCCGGCCAGUAGCAGGGGACCAGGGACCCCGGCACCAGGAGAGCUGGUGCAUGGCGCGGGCUCCCGCCUACCAUCUGUCGGCGAGCAGCUCUCGGCGCCCCAGUCUCCUGCGGCUGGUGCUGGAACUGCCGUCGGCUGAGACUUGCAGGGACUCGAGAAGCCGGGUUUGCGUCCUUCCCGGUCUGAAUUGAAGCACGCAUUGGGGAACCGAGCAGCGUCUCCAGCUGCGGAACACUCAGGCCUGCCCUGUGUCAGCAAAGACCAAGAGAAGAGAUUAAUGCAACAUUGAUAACACUGCCUGCCUUCUUCCAGAAGCACUGUACUUAUUCAGAGAUUUCCUCUGAGACUUCCAGAAUGGCUUUUAGACACAUUGGGUAAGAGCUGGCACCUGCCUGCGAGGACUUCAUACUCUCAGCUCCACCAUCUUCCCAUGGCAUUUCGACUGCGCUGAGCCCAAGGGACCAGCUCUUCACAAUGAGUGACGAGAAGAAUCUGGGUGUGUCUCAAAAGUUGGUUUCACCUUCAAGAAGCACGAGUAGUUGUUCCUCCAAGCAAGGAAGCCGGCAGGACAGCUGGGAAGUGGUGGAAGGACUGAGGGGUGAGAUGACUUACACCCAGGAGCCACCUGUGCAGAAAGGAUUUUUGCUGAAGAAGAGGAAGUGGCCCUUGAAAGGCUGGCACAAGAGAUUCUUCUGCCUGGAAAAGGGAAUCUUGAAAUAUGCCAAGAGCCAAACUGAUAUUGAGAGAGAGAAGCUGCAUGGCUGCAUUGAUGUGGGGCUCUCCGUGAUGUCUGUGAAGAAGUCAUCUAAGUGUAUAGACCUUGACACCGAGGAACACAUCUACCACCUGAAGGUGAAGUCAGAAGAAGUCUUUGACGAGUGGGUGUCCAAGCUCCGUCACCACAGAAUGUACCGGCAGAAUGAGAUCGCCAUGUUUCCCCGGGAUGUCAAUCAUUUUUUCUCAGGGUCCUCCGUCACAGACUCUGCCCCAGGAGUGUUCGAGUCUGUUUCCAGUAGGAAGCGUAGCAGUCUAUCAAAGCAGAAUUCAUUUCCAGCUGGAAGCAAUUUGUCAUUUUCUUGCGGUGGUGACACUCGAGUUCCAUUCUGGCUCCAGUCUUCAGAGGACAUGGAGAAAUGCUCCAAAGACCUGGCACACUGCCAUGCCUAUCUUCUGGAAAUGAGCCAGCUCUUAGAAAGCAUGGACGUCCUGCAUCGGACAUAUUCAGCACCAGCCAUCAACGCUAUUCAGGGUGGAGCUUUUGAAAGUCCCAAAAAGGAAAAACGAUCGCACAGGAGGUGGCGGUCCAGAGCUAUUGGCAAAGAUGCUAAAGGAACGUUGCAGGUCCCUAAACCUUUUUCUGGCCCUGUGAGACUGCACUCCUCUAAUCCUAACUUGUCAACACUGGACUUUGGAGAAGAGAAGUCUUACUCAGAUGGUUCUGAAGCCUCGUCAGAGUUCUCCAAGAUGCAGGAGGAUCUGUGCCAUGUCGCCCACAAAGUUUACUUCGCUUUAAGGUCAGCUUUCAAUAGCAUAUCGGUGGAGAGGGAGAAGCUGAAGCAGCUGAUGGAGCUGGACACCUCCUCCUCCCCUUCCGCUCAGGUCGUCGGUCUGAAGCACGCUCUGUCAUCCGCCCUAGCACAAAAUACAGACCUUAAAGAGCGUUUACGCAGAAUCCAUGCGGAAUCUCUGCUCCUCGACCCGCCCGCUGUUCCCAAGCCGGGGGACAACCUGGCAGAGGAAAACUCCAGGGAUGAAGAAGGCCGAACCCUGGUGCACCAGCUCUCUAACGAGAGCAGGCUGUCCAUCACUGACUCCCUUUCAGAGUUUUUCGAUGCCCAGGAAGUUCUGCUAUCUCCUAGCUCUUCAGAAAAUGAGAUCUCUGAUGAUGAUUCAUAUGUCAGUGACAUAAGUGAUAAUCUGUCCUUAGACAACCUCAGUAAUGAUUUAGACAAUGAAAGGCAGACCUUGGGGCCUGUUCUCGAAAGUGGCGAGGAAACCAGGUCCAAAAGGAGGACCAGCCUGCCAGCGCCGGGUCCCAACACCAGUAGCGUUAGCGUGUGGAGCAUCCUGCGAAACAACAUUGGGAAGGACCUGUCCAAGGUGGCCAUGCCGGUGGAGCUGAACGAGCCGCUGAACACACUGCAGCGGCUCUGCGAGGAACUGGAAUACAGCGAGCUUCUGGACAAGGCUGCGCGCAUUCCCAGUCCCCUGGAGAGGAUGGUGUACGUGGCAGCCUUUGCCAUCUCUGCAUACGCAUCCAGCUACUUCCGAGCAGGCAGCAAGCCAUUUAACCCGGUCCUUGGAGAAACUUACGAAUGCAUCCGACAGGACAAGGGUUUCCAGUUUUUUGCUGAGCAGGUCAGCCACCACCCACCUAUCUCCGCCUGCCACGCUGAAUCUGGAAACUUUGUUUUCUGGCAAGAUGUGAGAUGGAAAAAUAAAUUCUGGGGUAAAUCCAUGGAAAUUGUCCCAAUUGGAACAACUCACGUGACGCUGCCUGCUUUUGGAGAUCACUUUGAGUGGAACAAAGUGACCUCCUGCAUCCACAACAUCUUAAGCGGACAGCGGUGGAUCGAGCACUAUGGUGAAAUUGUCAUCAAGAACCUGAAGGAUGACUCUUGCCACUGCAAAGUGAACUUCAUAAAGGCAAAAUACUGGAGCACUAAUGCCCACGAGAUCGAAGGCACGGUAUUCGACCGCAGUGGGAAGGCUGUGCACCGGCUGUUUGGAAAAUGGCACGAGAGCAUCUACUGUGGCGGCGCCUCCUCCUCCACGUGUGUCUGGAGAGCAAACCCCAUGCCGAAAGGCUAUGAACAGUAUUAUGGCUUCACACAGUUUGCACUGGAGUUAAAUGAAAUGGAUGCUUUGUCAAGGUCUCUAUUACCACCCACCGACACGCGGUUUAGACCAGAUCAAAGGCUUCUAGAAGAAGGGAACAUAGAGGAAGCUGAGGUACAGAAGCAGAGGAUCGAGAAGCUACAGAGGGAGAGGCGGAGGGUCUUAGAGGAGAAUGGCGUGGAGCACCAGCCCCGGUUUUUCAGGAAAUCCAGUGACGAUGCUUGGGUAAGCAACGGGACCUACCUGGAACUGAGGAAAGACCUUGGCUUCUCCAAGCUGGACCAUCCCGUCUUGUGGUGAAAUGCAAAGGAGAGAGAGAGAUUUCCUGUACUUUGCCCACAGUCGCUUCUGGAAGCAGCGCUCAGCUGUCUGUGUGUUUAAACAAUAGUAUGUAGAGUGAUCGCUUGUGCUUAGCCUAGCAUUGCAAGCACUGAAUAUUUUCUUCAGUACGUCUCUUUACAAUUUCAAGUGUUAUCAUGAUUGUUUAUAUGAAUGUAGAACACCUCGGUAUUUCUUUUU